GUGUUUGCAAACUAUUUAGCAUCGGUGUAUCCGUAAAAUGUAACAGCACCCAGAAGACGGACCUCGAAAAUCAGCCGCACAAUGUCGCACCUGGUGAUGAGGCGACGGAUUCUGCUGAUGGUUUUGCUAUUUGCAGGUCCACUGCGAAACGCACCUUUUGGCGGCGCACAGGUGGCGAUAGCGACAUCACCCACAACUGGUCGUGACCGCCAAAUUCCGGCGGAGUGGCAACGGGACUGGGAGUUGGAUCCGGACUGGGGUUUCACUGGAAGUGUGGACAGGUACUCAGUCGCGUCGCCGACGACGUCACGCACUCUGGACAACCUUUAUCCUUUCGAUGGCGGAAAUCCGCCGCCAAAAACCAGUGAAGCGGAAAUGGAUAACCAAUUCGGAGAUAGCUAUCUCGGCCCGUAUCCUGCGUUGUUUGGUCGCCAGUGGCACCUUCAGCACCGCAAGCAGCUGCAGCUGCAGCACAAGUGGCAAUCUCCGGCUCCUCCAUUUGCGGACGUCAAGCCCAAGAGGGAACCCACCAACUGGCCACCCGACGACGAGGAGCCGCCGCUUCCGUAUCCCUACGCCUACAACUUGCGCUGGAAACGAAAGGACGUCCCGGAGUCGCUUCGAUAUAUGCCCUCGAUCAGUGCUGGAGCCAUGACCAAUCUGGGCGGAUUUUUCAACCGCCUGGAGGCGAACCUGCGCUUCGCGGAGCAGUCGCAACUGGGUGAGUCCGAGACGCAAAUGCUGGAGGGGAAGCACCCCCACCCACUGCACCUGCCCCCCGUGCCGCCCGACGCCCCUCCAGAUACCGAGCAGCAGCAGCAGGAGCACAACCGGAAGACAUCGAAGCUCCUGCAAGCCCUGCGCGACUACAGGCCGUCCCAGAAGAUUCGAUCGCUGGUGUCGCGCAAUCCGCAGGGAUACCGUGGCUCCCAGUUCAUAGAUCCCAGCUACAUGUGGCUGGGUCUGGGUAAAUGACAGUGAGACCGCCGGAGCAGCAGAUUAGGUACCUAGGUAGCUGCAACGUAUGCCGCCCCAAAAUUCGAUUUAAUUUAUGCCCUCUGUGUGUGUAGAAAUAUAUGUAUGUUUGAAAGUCUAUCGCA